AUGUCUACAGCUAAAGCUCCUGGUCCUAUCCCGAGAUAUGUGUACAAGAUUUUAGAAUCUACACCUCCCUCACCUAUACCAGACGACAUGCCUCUCAGCGGUCUUGAUCGUACCGACGGCUUCAUCCACUUAUCUACCGGCUGGAGGGUUCCCAUCACUGCGGGGAUGUACUUCAAAGACUCGAAGAUCCUUGGGCUCCUGCGCCUCGACGGGGAUGCAGCGCGUGCAGAGAAUGCGCGACUCGAGUGGGCUGACCCUGGUUGCGUCCACAUGUUCGCCCAAGAAGAUGGGAAGUGGGCGCGGAUGGGCGCUGGCAUUGUUGUCGACGCGAAAGAGUUUGUCCGGGAGGACGGCAAAACGUGGGAGGACGUGUUGACGAAGGAGGCCGAAAAUGGAUGGCUUCACGACUAA